AUGACGUCCAGCAACAAACCCGCCAACCGCCUGGCCGGCCUCCCGCGCAUCCCCAAGGUCGCAAAGAAGGGCAAGAAGCCCAAGCGCCCGCCCUCGCCGGCCAAGCCCAAACCCGCUCCGCUCCCUUCUCUCCCCAUCACCCUCUCGGACGACGACACGCUCUCCGAGCCCCUCUCGUCUUCGUCGUCGUCCGAGGACGAGGCGCCCAAGCCCAAGGCGACCAAGGCGACCAAGGCGACCAAGGCGACCAAGGCGCCCAAGGCGGCACAGCCGCCGCCGUCGGCCGCAGCCGUCUUCCUCGGCGGUCCGGGCGGCCUGCCAGCCCUCCCGGCCCUGCCUGCGCUCCCUGCGCUCCCCGCCCUCCCUCCUUUACCUAAACUCGGCUCCGCCUCGCCAGCACCACCAGGCUCGCGGCGACCACCUCCACCACCUCCUCCCCCUCCUCCCAAACCCGUCGCACCCGCACCCGCGCCCGUCGCCUCGACCUCUGCGCCCUCGCCUGUGCCCUCGCCCGCCGUCGCACCCAAGCCUUCCUCCUCUACCACCUCGACUACGACCAAGCCCCCGACCGCCCCUCGUCCUCGCGGCCGGCCCCGCAAAGACGGCCAGCCCCCGUCGAGCUCGUCGGCGCCGCCCAAGCCGCCCAAGCCCUCGCGCGCCGCCUCGCCCCUCGAGGCGCCGUACGUCCCGCACACGGCCGGCGCCUCGCGCACCGGCUCGCCGAGCGGCGCGAGCGCACAAGCCGGCGCGGCGGCGGCGGGCUCGGGCGCAGGGCGCAUGAGCCUGCGGCAGGUGCUCGCGCUGUCGCUCGCCGAGGCGAGCGAGGCCGAGGCGCGCCGGUCCGAGACGAGCCGCGAGAACUCGCCCGACGCGACAGAGCUCAGCAGGCGGUCGGCGGGGCUCGCGGCGGCGCAGCGGCAGCAGCAGCAGCGCGACAAGGCGGCCGCGCGCGCGCAGGCCGAGGCCGAGGGCAAGGGCAAGGGCAACGGCAAGGGCAAGGAGCGCCUGAGCGACGUGAGCGAGCUCGAGCUCGACGACGCCGACGACGAGUCGGAGCUGAGCAGCCUGAGCGACCCGGACGAGGACGCGGCGAUGGACCAGGGCGGCGCCGGCGGACUCGGCCGCGAGCUUGAGAAGGCCGAGGAGCGCGUCAUGCGCGCCGAGCUCGACCGCCGUCGAGGGCGCAAGGGCCGCGACGAGGGAUCUGACGCGAUGCUCGUCGACGGCGGGAGCGAGGCGGACGAGGGGGACGAGGACGAGGAGGAGACGGACGAGGACGAGGACGGGCUCGCCGUCGCGUGGGACCGCAACGUGCAGGCGAUGGAGCGCAUCCGCCGCCGUCGUGCGUCGGGAGGCGCAGGUGCGGCGGCAGCUGCAGCGGCAGCGGCGGCGGCCGACGUGUCGCUCGAGGGCGUGUCGGCCACGCUCGACGACGACGGCGACGACUCGGACCUGGCGGUGACCGAGGUCCCGCCCGGCAACGGCUUCGGCGUCGUCACGUGGAGCGACUACGAGUUCGACGAGGAGGACGACGACGACGAGGACGAGGUCGACGAGGACCAGCUCGCCGCUGCACUCGCGGCCUCGACCGCCGCCGCCGGCGGACCCGACCUGCCCAACGUCGACACGCCGCUCGCCCUUAACGACGACGACGACAACGACGACGACAACAUCGCCGGCUCGUUCGAGGACGAGCUCGAGCAGCUCUUUGCCCUGUCCGAGGCCGUCGUCGGCCCGAUCCAGCACGACUCGGUCGACCUCGGCGACAUGUGGCUCGCCGCCCUCACCGACGUCGACGCCGACGACUACGACAGCCAGGCCGACGACUACGACGACGCGUCGGGCAGCGGCACCGACGACGUCGACGCCGAGAUGAUGUUCGGCCCGAGCGGCGAGCUCACGCGCCUGUUCGGCCGGGGCAAGAAGCGCCGUCGCCCUGUCCAGGAGUCGAGCGCGGGCGAGUCGGACGACCAGGACGACGGCGACGCGACCGACUCGGACGUGUCGAUCGCCGACUUGGGCGGCGACGACGACCUCGACCUCGUGCGGCUCGGCGCAGCGCUCGACGACGCCGACCGGCGCAAGCGCGCGCGCACCGGCGGCGAGGACGGUACGGCGGCGACGAUCGAGGACGACGACGAGACGAUGAGCGAGUCGGUCACCGAGGACGAGCAGACCGACUCGUCGUGCUCCGACACCGACAUCUACCGGUACGCGCCUCGCACCGGCGCCCUGUCGGCCGUCCAGGCGCCUACGACGGCCGACCUCGCGUCGCUCAACGCCGACACGCCCGAGCCGCCGCAGCCGGCCCCGUCGUCCAAGGCCGCCGCCGCCGCCGCCAAGCGCAAGGGCAAGAGCAAGGCGGGCCUGCCCGCCAUCCCCGAGAACGGCUCGUCGCGCGCGCACCCACCUCGUCCUCCUGUCUCGAGCGCUCCCGCCGCCGCCGCCGCCGCCGCCACCGCCGCCCGUGUCGCCGUUCCGACCAUCCGCAAGCCGCAUCCUGCCCGGCGCGGCCCGGUCAUGGGCUCUUUCGAGCCGUCGGCGCCCAAGGCCGACGACGACAAGAACGCGAGCGGCCUCAAGGUCGUCGUCAUCGACGACAGCGGCGUCCCGGCGCCGAGCCCGUUCGCUGUCCAGAAGAAGCCGCGGCGACGAGUUUACGACUCGACCCCGUCUCGCCGCAGCCGAGCCAACUCGCGCGUGUCGACCACCUCGGGCACGUCUGGCGCCGAGUCGGCCGCCGACAACUCGAAUGUGGGCUCGCCCGUACUCGCCAACGUCGACUUUGACUUUCUCAACGAGUCGCUCCUCGAGGAGGACAGCCUCGAGGCCGACGCGGUCGCGUCGUCGUCCGACUCGGACGCCGACGGCGCAGCGACCGACGGCGCGACGCCCAAGCCCGGCUCGGCCCUGUCCGACUUUUCGCGGUGGAGCCGCAUCCCGAUCGGCGCGUUCCGCUCGCGCACGAUGAGCAUGGGCGGCGGCGGCAGCUCGGCGCCGUCGCAGGUCUUUGCGGCCGCCGCCGCGUCCGAGAAGGGCGGCCGCAAGAAGCAGAGCAAGAAGCCGGGCAAGGCGGUCCCGACGUCGAUCCUGCGCGACUACAAGGCUGCGCACACGCUCAACCACACGCUCGGCUCGCCCGGACACGCGGCGUCGACGAGCAAGCGCUCGAUCACGUCGCGCAUGUUGACGUCGCCUGUCCUCGCGCCGGUCAAGCGCACGGGCGGCUCGUCCACCUCGCGACCUGGCAAGGCCGCAUCGUCGUCGGCCGCCAACGGCGCCGCCAAGAAGGCCAAGCGCGGCAAGCGGGCGCAGACGCCGGCUGGCUCGGCGCGCUCAAAGAGCCCGGCCUCGCGCUCGUCCCGCUCGAGGCAGGCGAGCAACGCCGGCGCCGGCCCAUCGUCGGCCACCGCCUCGACCUCGACGCUCGCCGCGCCGACGGCCAACCUCCCUCCCCUGCACUCGCCCCUCUUCCGCACCCAGGGCUUGCCCGACGACAUCCUCGUCGCCCUCGCCUGCGCCCUCGUGGUCGCCUCGCCCCUUCCUCAAGUCGCCGACACGCCCGUCUCGACCCUCUCGAUCAAUCCGGCCGCGCCGUCGCCCGACGUGUCGUCGUCGAACGAGACGUCGUCCAACACGACCAACCCGGGCGCCAACCUGUCGCAGCUCCUCGGCAACCUCAACGAGCUCCAGUCGCAGAACGGCGCCGGCGCCGACGCUGUCGACGCCGAGUCCAACCCGUCGCCGGCGUUCAGCAACUUUGGCGGCGACUCGCCGGCGGACCAAGGUCAAGGCGGCGGCGCGGCUCCUCUCGGCGGCCUACUCGCGUCGAUCAAGCAGGCGACCGAUAUGACGAGCGGCAUGAGCCUCGAGGGCAGUGCGGGCGGGCCGACGCAGACGAGCGCGCAGGUCCUCGCCGUCGAGACGACGACGGCUGCGCCCGAGGUCGCCACUUCUGCUUCGAUCACCGAUCCUGCUGUCCUCGCCGCCGCUACCGCGACUGCCGCUGCGUCCGCCAUCGAGACCCCGUCGACUUUCGACCUCAACAACUUCCUCGCCGGCGCCAGCUUCCCCGCGCAGGCGACGACGGCGAUCGCGGGCCUGGGUGCGAGCGCUGCCUGA